UAAUGCUAUUCAGAGCAGUUAAGCUGCUGGUUGUCCUGUGGCCGUUUUCGCAAGACCUUAAUUAGCUACCCAUGAUUCCACCCACGCCUGAAAACCGAAUAAAAGUCCACCUGCAGAAUCUGAACGUUUACUAGUUAAAUCUCUGUCCGCUGGAUUGUUCAUGGCACUUGGAGCAAGCUUCAACGUGAUAGUUCUUGUAUUAGCCUCAUCAUGGAUUUCUGAACCUGUUUAUGGACAGAGUUGUUCAGUUUAUCCACAAGAUAUUGAUGCCACAACGGGGUUCAAUACAACUAUCACAAGUCCUGGUUAUCCAUCAAAUUAUGGCUACAACUUGGAAUGUAAUUGGCGCAUCCAAGCUGGCAGCUUUCUCAGUGAUUAUAUAGUGAAGGUUACAUUUAAUGACUUUCAGGUCGGAAGGGGAUCUCUUGGAAUUUGUUUUAGUGAGAAGUUGGAAUUUUAUGAUGGAGAUAGCACAUCGUCCAAUCCCUUUGGAUCCUAUUGUGGAACAGUGAAUCCAGAAGUUAUAUAUUCCUCUGGUCGCUACCUGUAUAUAAAGUUCUCGUCUCGUUAUGGUUCUUCUUACAAGGGUUUUAGUUUAAAUGUUGCAGCUGUUGCAAAAGAGGAAGCCGCUGGAAUAUGUCGCAACGGAGGCUCAGGUUAUGACGUCAUGCAGCUCAGUGGCCCUUCUGGUACAAUUUUCAGUCCUGAUUAUCCCUAUCCAUACCCAAGUGAUACCAAAUGCACCUGGGUGGUCUCCGUUCCAGCUGGAAAAAGAGUCAAAUUGACGUUUAAAGACUUUGACCUUGGAAUAGGCGUCACCCAAUGUAAUGACCAUACGGGCGAUGAAGACUAUGUGUCGAUUCGUGACGGGGAGUACUCUUGGAGUGACGAGCUUGUUCGAUAUUGUGAUUACAACUACAAUAUGAAGUCUGUGCGGGAUGUUUAUUCGACUGGGAAUCACAUGAGAAUUAGGUUUUCUUCUUCAUCGUCAUCUUCGUACGAUAAAGGUUUUAAAGCACGUUUCGAAGUUUCAGAGCUGUCAUCUGCUGCUUAUUCAAAGGAGAUUUGCUACUAUGGGAACAUCAACAAUGAGAAACUGAGUUUGAAUGGAACGUAUGGUACAUUAGAAAGUCCAAAGGAAGGUUCCACAUACCCACCAAAUAUGAAAUGUGAUUGGGUGAUCACUGUGCCAGAGGGAAAUAUUGUCAAGCUUAGCUUUGAUGAAUUUUAUCUGAAACCGAAAUACCAAUCAUUAUGCGAAGAUUAUGUAAAGGUUCAAGAUGGGAAAGAAAGUUACAGUGAAAGCAAAGGAACAUUCUGUGGUCUAUCAACACCAGAAGACAUUCGCUCAAGCGGACGGUACAUGAGGGUGACUUUCCAUUCCGGCUCAGACUCUAUGCAAUACCGCACAGGUUUUAAGGCCACAUUCACAGCAGAGGAAAAAGAAACUCCAGGGUCUUCUAAGAUUAUUGUCGCCAUCACUGUCGGUGUGGUUGUUUUCAUCGUCUGCAUUUGUGUUGUGGUGUGUGUUGCAAAAUACAAGCAGACGAGACCGAAUCAAUCAAGGGCCGCUCGGAUUCCAAUGGCGACACAGACUACUACCUCAGUGUCUCAGACCACACAAGCUGGCGUGAUUCGCCAUCCACCCCCGCCUCAGCAACCGGCAAUCCAACCUCCUUUUCAACCGGCAUCAAAUCCUUACCCACCCCCUUCUGUGGGUUUUGUUCCUACGGCACCCAACGCAUAUCCGCCACCUCCAGGGUACCCGUAUCCGUUGCAGCCCCCACCACCCUACCCUGGCGAGGAACCAGUUCCUCAGUAUCCACCUCCAGGACAGUCUUAUCCAUGGCAACAGAGUUCAGAAGUCGAACCGUCCGCACCCCCAAAGGAAGCAUAGGUUUUGUUUCACUCUAUAAAUGGAGUGGAAAAUUGUUUGUACAGAGAGGAUUAAUGCAAAAGUAUUAAAAUAAGCGCUUUUAGUAGAAUGAGAGCAAACAAAAAUGUACCAUUUCAAAAAACCUAGAAAUUAGUUUCUUAGUAGAAUUUCGACCUUUUAAGACGUAUUUUAACGUGAUUUGGUACCUUAGCAAACGAUAUUUAAAACACCAAUUAGGACAUUUCUGUAAGCCCCACUAGUGGUGAAAUUCGCACCAAGCGAGACAUAUUUGCCAUAGGGCACUUUCAUAUCACAUACGUUUGCCAACACUGCCAACAGCAGUGUCUUUGUGAUGCUUUUAAGCUUGUUAAAGUGGAGAGAUCAUCCACCUGGGUUCAGUUGUUGAAAAGGCGGAUUACCCUUUCCAUGUUGACAUAAAGUACUGCGUUAUCCACCGAAUGGCGAUUUAUCCAGAGGAUAGCGUUGUUCACCCUUAAAACAACGAGAGCUUUGUCUUUUGUGCAAAAAAUAUGUACCCAACAUGUAAUGAUGCCUUCUGGUUUAAUAGGCCAUUCUACAGUUGUGUAAUUGGUUUCCAAGCCUUUAAUUUGGAGUGAGUCUGAAGAUGAUCUUGUUGUGAUAGAGACCAGUAUCUAGUUACCAUGAUAACAGAGUAAUUUACAUUUGAAAAGCAGCAACGUUUGUAUCCUAACAAGGUCAGCCUUAGCCUCGCUCCUUUUCAAAGGCGCGGUAAUCAAAUACGUAACUGUAAAAUGGACUAUGUAAGGUUUGUUCACAGUAGCGUUAUUCCGGUGAACAAUUUUUUCCCAUUUUUUCAUAAUUAAUUUUUAUUUUCAUUUAA